UGAUCCGUGGAUCGGAGAAAUAAUUUACAUAAACUCAUCUCUGCUGAAAGUCGACAUUUAUCAGAAAUGGCAUACGGGCACCCACGGGGUGGUGCCCCAAAAAAGGAUUCCUGGCAUCAGGUUUUUUUCUUCGGAAAAGAUAUACGUCUACGAGUCCACGAUCACAAUGUUGAGCAUAGCCUUUUUUUCUUCGGGUCUUGCCGAAAUGCUACAGGAGCAAAGUCAUGAUCAAAGAGUUUAG